UGGCAGCGAGGGUGGUUUCGGCCGGCCGGCCAGUCGUGCUGUGGCGGCAACGACGACGCGUAGUCGGUUCACGUUUCACCACUCCCGUCAUGUUGCCAAACAACCCCCUCGAUCUGUCCGACAGCCCGAACACCGAUUCGCGGAACGGAUGAGCUGAUAGAAAGACAGAAUAGUUCGGCCUCGAACGGAUCGACGGAACCGAGGAUGCUCGCUCGCGAGGAUCGUUCGAUACGCGAUAUCCCGAUGCGUCCUUACAUCGUCGACUGGCAUUAAAUAUCCGUGGUGCAGUUAGUGGAAUCGUCCUGACUUGGGAUCCAGAAUCCUCGAACGAGGGCCCCACCGUUCGCUCAGACGAACGAUUCUCGCGUCGAUUAUCGAGUUCCGCGAUCCGACAGAAUUUCUACGAAAGAGAAUCUCGCGUCCCGCGGCCCGCGACGGAAUUCGGUGACGACGACGACGACGACGACGACGGACGUUCGGUUAUAGAACUGUGGUCGCGGUUCACCAACGGAGGAUCCUGGAUCUAUGUUGAUAACGAGCUCCGCGGUCCGAAGGUAAACAAACGGGGGUGGCCUACGGAGGAAGUUUCUCAUCGGGUCCGGUGGUGCACGUGCGACGCAAGGGUGGCUCGCGCGAAUCGAUCGCCUUUUUCGACGACUUCGGUACAAGUGGUUACGCAGGAGUCCGCUGGACGGAUACGAGAGAGCUCGUAGGAUAUCCGAGGAUCAUCCGCGAGGGUGGGGGAACAAACGUCACCGCGAGGAUGGAUGCGGGAAACUAAAGGAACAUCGAGGGUGGAGAAUAUUGUGAAAACUUUUACUACCGAGGAGGGAAUCGUCGUCGCGCGGAAAAGUAAUCUCGGCGUCCACAAAGGGGUUGGAAAAUAAGUAUCCGCGGGCGAGUAACGCUGGGGACAAGUUCGGGUGGAAACAUAUUGAUUUGUUUUUGUUGCCUCGCGGACACGCGAUAGCCUCCGAGUGGAAUGUGUGUCAGAGCGAACCGAAUUUCCCGAGGGUGAUCCCCGAUCGAGGCACGAGGGGAACUGUCCCAAAAAGGAACGAGAAAAGAGCACGAUACGUAUUCAUAAUGAAAUAAUAGAGAAUCCCGAAGCAGCGGACGAGGGUAAGAGGGACAGGCGAAGAGAGUAAACGCUUCUCCCGGUUCGCGAGGAGUCGAACACGCGAGUCGAAAAAUAAUCAGUGGACUCGCGAAGUAUUCGAAAGGAGGCUAGUGGGUGGACGAGAGAACUGGAAGGUCGCAAAGUCGAAAACUCGGCCCCGAAUAAUGAGAACGGAGCCAGGGGACGGGAUAAACGUCGCUAUCGAUUCGUUAUCGCGGGGCAGACAGAUCGUCGACGAUGAGAGAUUCGUCCACCUUCCUUGAACCAUCGUCGGAUUACGUCGUCCCGACGCUGAAAUCGGUCGAAGUCUAGCCAUGUUACUGGAUCCAUCGACCAUCUGUAUCCUGGUUAACCGCGAUACCAACUCCUUCGAUAUCUCGGUUUGUCCUAACGAGAAUCAACCGUGUUUGCGAUCGAGGCAUCGAUCGGGGAAUUAAAAAAAGUGUCGCGUAAAACGGGGAACGUCGCUUCGCGGUUUCACGUUUAAUGUCAUUCUGCAACCCUCGGUGCUCUCUGAACACGCGUAAAACCGAAGGGGGGGCGCACACUCGAGUCCGAAAGAGGGAGAAUUAUCGAGAAGUUCGACUGAUAAAUCGGAUGAAGGGGGAACGAGAUCACGGUGGAUGAGGCACUAAAUGAACAACAGCGGCGCCUUGGUCGAGUGGAAGAAGCGGAGUCGGAGACAUCAAAGAGUGCACUGUGCCGAGGAACGAGGAAGAAAACGCGAGAGAGAAGCCGGUGCGAAAGGGCAGGGUGCUGGGGAGAGGCAAGGAACGUGGCAUGAAUUAGAACUCAUUUGGUAAAGUGUUGCGCGUGUAGCGAGUUUUGAAGAGGUCGUCGCGAGGAGGAAGGGGUUGGACGCCGCUCGACGACGGUUCGGCCGACGGGGGUUUGAACGCGAGAAGGAGCGAGAGCGGAACUAAAAACGAAAACGAGGAUGGAGCGGAGGGGAGUGAGCGCAAUAUGAGAAAAAGAGGAGGUCGGGGGGCGGAAGGGUGAGAAAUAGGAGAGAGGCGGUGGACCGUAUCGCGAGAAUCCGCUGGCAACUCGAAGAGGGAGCGGAGUGAAUCGGACGUGGUGAGCAGGGCAACCGGCGGGAACGAACGGGAACGAACGGGGGGAGGGAGGAGGGCGGAAAGAUUGACGGGAGAAACAGAGGAAUACCACUUUGCUGGCUCUCGCUUCGCUCUCAAAGAAAACGGGUCGAGCUUGUACUACCGAGACUUCCUCGUGGAAAUUCGGGACGAAAGCUGGACCGGAGAUGUUCGAGGCGAUGGAUGAAACGUGGAGGAAGAAGAGUCCGAAAGGAGGACACGCGAUGGCUAGAUAAGAACUCAUCUGAACGUGGGAUCGCGUGCAAGACUGUCCUUACCAUGUAAAUAAUAGUAGCUGGGCCUAACAAAUUUUUCUACAACGGAAACGGAACCUCGCUAAUCAACUAAUUUAGAGAAGAGCUCGUAGAGAAUUCCAGUCGACCUCGAAGAUAAACUCGACUUUAAGCAUAAAAUGCGAUCUUCGGCUAGAAGAAAUCAGUAGAUCCAACCGAGUAAAAAAUGAGCCAGCCAAUCGUUCGUAUGUUGGUCCUGGCAGUGUCGCUGCAGCAGCUGUCUUUCGUCACGCAGUCGAGGCUGCACAGUGAACGGGAAGCGGUGCUGAUACCCGGGGACAUCGUCCUCGGUGGUCUGUUCCCGGUCCACGAGAAGGGGAGCGCGUCUUGCGGACCGAACGUCUACAACCGUGGCGUCCAACGCCUGGAAGCGAUGCUGUUCGCCGUGGAUCAGAUAAACAAUGACGGCAAAAUCCUUCCUGGGAUCACCCUGGGUGUUCACAUCCUAGACACUUGCGGUAGAGACACGUACGCUCUGAAUCAGAGCCUGCACUUUGUCAGAGCCUCGCUGUCCAAUCUGGACAUCAGCGUGCUAGAAUGCGCAGAUAAAUCGGCACCCAGGGUGAAGAAAACGGCCAGUGCCGGUCCUAUUUUUGGAGUAAUCGGUGGCUCGUACAGUUCCGUGUCCCUCCAAGUGGCCAACUUGCUCAGACUGUUUCACAUACCGCAGAUCUCCCCUGCUUCCACCGCUAAAGCCCUCAGCGAUAAAACCAGGUUCGACUACUUCGCGCGAACGGUGCCCCCGGACACGUUCCAAUCGAUAGCCCUGGUGGACGUGGUGAAGAGCGCCAAUUGGUCGUACGUCUCUACCGUCUACUCCGAGGGCAGCUACGGGGAGUACGGAAUCGAGGUAUUCACCAGGGAAGCCACUGAGCGAAACGUGUGCAUCGCUGCCGCUGUUAAAGUACCCGGAGCCGCGGACGAUCGCGUGUUCGACGAUAUCAUCCUACGGUUGAGCAAAAAGUCGAAUGCCAGAGCCGUGGUCCUGUUCACCCGUGCGGAGGAUGCGAGAGGUAUCUUGGAGGCAGCUAGGAGAUCCAAUUUGAGCCAGCCAUUCCAGUGGCUAGCCAGCGACGGCUGGGGAAGGCAAAUCAAAUUGGUCGAGGGUCUCGAAGAAGAAGCCGAAGGAGCUAUCACUGUGGAAUUGCAAUCGGAAAAUAUCCCUGGUUUCGAUGAAUACAUGGCGUCCCUCACUCCGGAGACUAACCGUCGAAAUCCGUGGUUCAACGAGUACUGGGAGGAAGCGUUCAGCUGCGUUUUGAGGAAGAGCGUCGCGAGAAGUCAAAACGGGACUACGUGCUCGUCGGAGCUUAGACUUACGUCGGAGAACGGAUACGAGCAGGAGUCGAAGGUCCAGUUCGUCGUGGACGCGGUGUACGCGUUCGCGUUGGCACUGCACAAUCUUCAAAGGGACGUGUGCGAUAAGAGCAAAGGAUUGUGCCCGUCGAUGGCGAACUACGACCGGGGUGCCUUCUAUAGGAGUUACCUGCUGAACGUGUCCUUUACAGACAGCGCCGGCAGCGAGGUGAAGUUCGACGAGCACGGGGACGGACUGGCUCGCUACGAGAUCCUCAAUUUCCGUAAAUCGGACCACAACGGGACUAAUGGAUAUCACUAUCGGGUGGUGGGUAAAUGGUUCAAUUCGUUGGAUAUCCACACGGAGGAGCUGGUCUGGUCUCGCGGUACCAAAGACAUACCGAUCUCGGCUUGCUCGCUGCCCUGCGAGCCAGGUAUGAUAAAGAAGCAACAGGGUGACACUUGUUGCUGGGUCUGCGACCAGUGCGAAGAGUACGAAUACGUCUACGACGAGUACACCUGCGUGGACUGCGGUCCGGGUAAAUGGCCGCACGAGGACAAGCGCGGUUGCUACCAACUGCCCAUCAACCACAUUAGGUGGGACAGCGCGUUCGCAAUCGCCCCGGCGGUGAUUUCGUGCCUUGGCAUCGUCGCCACCCUCGCGGUCGCCUGUCUGCUGUUCCACCACAGAGACACGCCCGUGGUAAGGGCGUCGGGGCGCGAGCUGACGAUCAUUCUGCUGGCCGGGGUGCUCGUCUGUUACCUGAACACGUUCCUGUUGCUGGCGACGCCCACCACCGUCACUUGUAUCCUCCAGAGGUUCGGCGUGGGCGUCAGUUUCAGCGCCGUUUACGGCGCGCUCCUCACCAAAACCAACCGAAUCGCUAGAAUCUUCGAUUCCGCGUCGAGAUCCGCCGUCAGGCCAAAAUACAUCAGCCCCGCGUCCCAAGUUUGCAUCGCGGCGGCGCUAAUCGCGUUACAGGUGGUGCUGACUUUGGUCUGGAUGAUAAUCGAACCUCCUGGCACGAGGUUCUUCUACCCCGACCGGAAACAGGUGAUCCUUAAGUGCAACAUCCAGGACAUGAGCUUCCUGUUCUCGCAGUUGUACAACGCGUUAUUGAUCCUCAUCUCGACGGUGUACGCCGUGAAGACGCGCAAGAUUCCGGAGAACUUCAACGAGAGCAAGUUCAUCGGGUUCACUAUGUAUACCACGUGCAUCAUCUGGCUGGCAUUCGUCCCAAUAUACUUUGGCACUGGAAACGCCCACGAGACACAGAUCACGACACUGUGCGUAGCGAUCAGUCUCAGCGCCACGGUCACCCUCGUCUGCCUCUACUCCCCCAAAGUCUACAUAAUCGUCUUCCAACCGGACAAGAAUAUCCGGAGGAAGGUCACCAUGGGUGACAAAUUCAAGAAACAGGGCAGCAGCGCCGGCACCUCGUCCAUCACCAAAUAUACGGGCUGCGAGCUAGCCAGCGAAAGCAUGCCGCUUCAGAGCGCGUUAACAGCGGCGGUUCAGACGUCGAUAGGCGUAACGGAGAUCUCCCUGGCGUCGAACACGUCGCAGACGGGCAAAACUAAUAACGAGCAAGUGGCGCAAGUAUAGGAGGAGGAGCAGCCGUCGUCAUCGCGAUUCAGAUUUUCACCGAGGACUCGUUGUCCUGGCCGCAAGCCAAAAGAGGACCUCGCGCGCGAGUGAACAGAGUGCUAUAACCGGCUCCGACAAGGAAGAUAGACUGGGAUCAAAACUUGCCCUUUUAAUUUGGUUAAAAAUUUCUUACUGUCUUCCUUGUCGCAGCUCGAUCUGAUCGCGAGUGACACGUUACGUGCGGCAAAAAAUAUUAACAAGUCACUUCCGGUUCCUGUGACUGCUGGUUCCUAGGACGUGAUCGUCGAUGAUCGUGAGUAAGCUCAACUUCAAUGAGGAUAAAGAACUCAACUAUACGUCGCAAUGUACAUACGCUUAACUAACUAGAUCCUUGGAUAAUUUUAUGUGCCGGGCUGUCCCUUCUAUUCAAUUCCUCAUCAGGCGGCUGCUAUCUCGCUCGUAAACGCGAGUAAAAAGAAUUGAAAAGAAUUCGGCCAGCCAGACGCAUACAUAACGAGGACGGAGUCUUUGUAAGCUCUAUCGGAAACCUGCGUUGCCUAUUGAGAAUUCAGUUACGCGAUCGUAUCGUCACUGUCGUCCUCGUUCGCUCAUUAUAUCGAGAUCACUCGUAUCGCGAUCGCUGUUGUCGUUAUUGUUACUGUUAAAAACGGUUAUCUACGUGAAUUAUAUAUGAACGAUACACACAGACAUAAACAUACGUACAAUGUAUAAGCAUAUUACGCGCGAGCCGCUGCUGGCACGAGCCUCAAACGAAUCGUCAAUGAGAUCUGAACGAAGUUGAAUAAUAGAACAAACAAGUUCCCCGUUUAUCUAAAUGAAGAUCAAGAAAAUACGCCUUUUCGCGUUUCCUCAGUUGUAAAACCAGAGAAGAAGGUGCUUUGAAAAAUCGUUCGUCUAUUUAACGAUCUGACUAAUUGACGCGAUCAAAACGGAGAGAGGACGCGUGUAUUCGGUGGACGACGAUUGAAUUGGAUCACGGUUAAUAAUGACGGCCAGUUUUCUCGCCGGUAUACAUAUUUAGCGCUCGAAAUGACCGGGCGUGCGCUCGGUUGAUAGUCGCGACUCGUGCCAGGUGAAUUAUUCUGUCGGAAACGGUCCGCUCACGCAUAUGUAAUUAGCUUGUUCGAGUGAUCGACGUAUACUGUUCAUUGUCCACUCUAUUCCCCACUGUAGAACGGCGGCAAACGAAAAAUUAUUUACAUUCCGCGAGAUGUAUAUAUACAUACGUACUGUUUUAGAUAGGAUGCAUAUACACAUAUACAUGUACACAGAGACACGGAUUAAAUCGCUGCGCGAGUUCUCACGUGUUUUUCCUCCGAUUGCAUAAGUUGUUAAUUUUAUUCACUCGGCCGAUCCGCUAUUGGAUCCACUUGGAAUUAAUUAAGCGAGAUUGUUUGUUACCAUCGGGCACGGGCUCCAGUACCCUCCCACACCCCUACUUGAAUUUUACAAGGAUCCGACGAUUCCUUCUGUCUAAAACUAAUGUCAAUUCUUCCGAACAGACACCAGACCGUCCCCGAUGGAUCGUUUUCGUUCGAAUCAGACGCGUUUAUAAGCAAACUGAAUGUACAGAAAAUAUGACGUCGCGAGCGAAAUUGAGAUAAUAAAAAAUCCGCAGUCCGGUGAUCGGUUCUAUCGGAUGAUCCAUGUUUAACGAGUUGAACGUUGCAAAGGUUUAUUUCUGUUGUUUCUAAAUGAAAAUUCUUCGGCGAUCGCGCGAAUCGCUAAUACGGAAUUACCAGUCAAUAGAAAUGGAUCGUAAAAAGAAACGCGAUUCGAUAGCUCGUGCGACGUUUCAGCACAAUAAAUCGAGGCGCGAGGGAGUGAGGCGAGUAACAAUGGCAGGGGAAAGAACGGCAGGAAAAUUUUGAAACUAGGCCGGCUAACAAAGUAAACGCGACGCAAUUCAAUAACACGCUAUCACUUUCAUGAACGGUAGACAAUAAAUAAAUCGGUUUAAGGCGGACUCCAACAACCUGGCUCGACCAAAUAUAAGUAUCAGAAUUUUCACUCGACCCGUUCUCAAUGAUUUCCCAAACGUUGCGGCUAGUGGCGUUUUAGUCUUUAGUUCGAGGAAUGUUCGGACCCGUUCGAUAAAUAAAACUUGUUAACUGAACGCGUAAUCUUCGAAGCUAGCGGAAGGUUACAAAAUUCUGUCGUUGAGGAGUGAAUAAAAGCUGAUGGGGAGCGUCGUACAAAAAGGUAA